AUGCGUCUCCUGUCCGCUAUCAACAACUGGCUCGUUCUAGACGAGUCCGACAACGCUAGGAACAGAGACAUCGUGCCCAUCCCCGUGCACCGCCGCAGAUGGAAGCUUGACGGGUUUGUGUCGUACUGGGCCAUCAGCUCGAUUGAUUGUAGUUGGAAACCUGCUAAUCUCCGUUUCGGCUCUGGUGAACAGUAUCUACGGCACCAAGUACCACAUUGGCUAUUCUGUGUUCCAGCGCGUGGUUUUCGGAGUGAAGGGUUCUGUGGUCGGUGUGCUCGUCAGAUCCAUUCUGUCGGUGAUGUGGUUUGCGUACCAGGCGUGGCUGGGCGGCCUGUGCGUCAACAUCGUGCUGAGCUCGUGGAGCCAGUCGUAUCUGAACAUGACGAACACGCUUCCCGACUCCGUCCCGAUGACGACUCAGGAGCUGAUUGGGUACAUUGUAUACCUGCUAAUCAGCGUGCCUGUGCUCAUGGUGCCCCCAGAAUACUACUCACCGUUCCUCGCUAG